AAUAAAUAAAUAUAUAUUAAUAUAUAUAUUUAUGUAAUAAUAAUUAAAUCUAAGUUAAGCCAAGAGACAUUGAGAGGUUGCUCUUAAAAAAAAGGAAAAGGAGAAGGUGUAGAGAGGGAGUGAAAUAAGGAAAAAAAGAAGUAAGACGGAGAAGGUAAGCUGUACGUACAAUUAAUAAAUCUAAAUGUGCGGAUUUAAUGAAUAUUAAAUAUUGGUUUUAUUUGUGUACUAUAAAUCUAAAGGUAUAUAUUAAAGGUAAUAUUGAACAAUUUAAAUUUUUUUAUAAUUUAUAAAUCAAGUAUUUUUAUUUUAUUUCAGCAAUUGUUAUCGAUAGCAAUAAGCUCAGCUAGCCAAAGUCGAUUACUGCGAUCAUCGCUGUGCCCCCCAUCUCUAUCAAAAAGAACUCGCAUCUCUAGCCGGUUAACCACCGCAAAUACAAAAACAAAAAGCAGGAGAAAAAAACGCAAGUGGAAAAAAAUGGCCGCGGCUGAGAAAAUUCCGGAUAAAGGACCACCCAGAUUGCGCCUGGGCAUUGGCCAUCCUGGUACCGUCAUGGAGACAGCCGCCCUGAGUUCCAUGGAUCUCGGUCAUGUCUACUACCGCACGGACAUACCCAACGAUACGAUCAAAAGUGGCCAGGUCAGUGCCGUGCAGCUGGAGACCAUACAGUGUGCCGCGCAGACCAUUGAUUACCUGCGGCCGGACGGCACUGGAGCCGGUUUCCUGAUCGGCGAUGGUGCUGGUGUGGGCAAGGGACGCACCCUGGCCGGCAUUGUCUAUGAGAAUUACCUAAAGGGUCGCCAGAAGGCCUUGUGGCUAUCCGCGUACGAUGAUGUCAAAUACGAGAUUAUGCGUGAACUGGCGGCCAUAGGUGCCUCACGGAUCUAUGUCCGUGCCUUAAACGAGCUGGAAUAUGGGAAAAUCAGCUCGCAGGUGUUCAACAGUACGGGCAUCAUCUUGUGCUCCUAUUCGGAGCUGAUCAGUGAAUCGAAGACCAACGAGAAGGGCAAGUAUCGCACUCGUUUCCGCCAGCUGUUGCAGUGGUGCGGCCAGAACUUUCAGGGUGUGAUCAUCUUUGAUGAGUGUCACAAGGCCAAGGAUCUGUUGGGGAAUAACUCAAAAGUCUUACAAACUGUGUUGGAGCUGCAAAAGAAGCUGCCCAAGGCCAGGGUGGUCUAUGCCUCCGCCCAGGGUGCCUCGGAGCCCCAGAAUAUGGCGCACAUGGUGCGUUUGGGUUUGUGGGGACACGGCACAGACUUUGGUUGCUUCAAUGACUUUGUCACAGCUGUGGAGAGACGUGGCGUUGGCGCCAUGGAGAUUGUGGCCAUGGACAUGAAACUGCGCGGCAUGUAUAUAGCCCGACAGCUAAGCUUCAAGGGCGUCAGCUUUAGGAUCGAGGUGGUGCAUCUAGACCGGAUGUUUCGCAAGAUCUACAAUCUCUCCGUGAAGCUCUGGUUGGAGGCCAGGGAAAAGUUCUCAAAGGCGGCGAAACUCAUCGAAUUGGAUCCUUCCCUCCAGCUGGUCAUGUGGAAACAGUUUUGGUCAUCGCAUCAGCGUUUCUUCAAGUAUCUGUGCAUUGCCGCCAAAGUAAAUCGUGCCAUAUUGACCGCCCGCGAGGCCAUCAAGAAUGGCAAGUGUGUGGUCAUUGGCCUCCAGUCGACGGGCGAGGAGGAAUCGGAGCGGGAUGAUGAUGAAGAGCUUGAGGAUUUUAUGUCCAACGCCAAAGGCGUCUUCCAGGACUUGGUGGAGCGUCACUUUCCAGCGCCCAGUCGUCAAGGUCUUAAUCGGUUUCGGGGCCUCUACGAAAAGGAGUCCUCGCAGCUUGAGGGUUCCUUGGCAGGAGAGGCAAGCCAGCGGAAGGAGGAGGGCUCUGGUGGGGGUAAGGAAAGAAAGCUGAAGAGGCGCAACGGUAGCGGGGAGGUGGCGGAGACUAGCAGGAAGCGGAUGAGGAACACUGAAAGCGAGGAGGUGGUUAAUAUGAAUGAUAAAGCAGGCUUUAUCCGGGAUGCAAAGGAGAAAGAGGAAAAGGCGAAGGUGGAUAAGGAGAAAGAGGAAAAGGAAAAGGAGAAGGUGGAAAUGGUAAAUCAGAAUAGGGAGAGAGAGUAUGUGGGGACUGAGGAUAAGGAGAAUGAGAAUAAGCUGAAUGAGGAUAAGAAGAAUGAGGAUAAGAAGAACGAGGAUAAGAAGAAUGGGGAUACGAAGAAUGAGAAUAAGAAUAAGAAGAACGACGAUAAGGAGAAUGAAAAUAAGAAGAAUGAGAUUGAAAAUAAGAAGAAUGAGAUUGAAAAUAAGAAGAAUGAGAAUGAAAACAAGAAGAACGAGGAUAAGGAGAAUGAAAAUAAGAAGAACGAGGAUAAGGAGAAUGAAAAUAGGAAGACUGAGAAUGAGAAUACGAAGAAUAAGAAUAAGGAGAAUGAAAAUGAAAAUAAGAAGAACGAGGAUAAGAAGAAUGAAAAUAAGAAUAACUCGGAUAAGAAGACCGACAAUAAGGAUACCAAAGACAAGAAGACUAAAAAACACAAUGCUCACCAGAACACCCAAGAUCACAAGGCAUCCAGCAUCCAGGUGGCCAGGAAUGCCACAACCGAUUUCUAUACCUUCUGCACCACCACCACCAGCGAUGUCAUGAACGCCGCUCUCUUUGACAUCGAGCUUGCCUGCUCCCUCAAGGAGGAGCUCCUGCGUAAAAUAGAUUAUUUGGGCAAACGCCUGCCACCCAACUCCCUCGAUCACCUCAUCGACGAACUCGGUGGCCCCGAGAAUGUGGCCGAGCUGACCAGCCGGCGUGGUCGCAUCGUCCAGCAUAAAGAGGGUGCCAUCAAAUACGACUGGCAUGUCCCGCUGAAAACCCAUAAUCUGGAUGAGAGGCGCAUGUUUAUGAAUGGCCUCAAGAAUGUGGCCAUUAUCUCGGAGCCGGCCACAAGUGCCUGGAAUCUCCACAGCGAUCGCAGGGAGCGCAACAAGCGACGUCGUGUGCACAUCACACUGGAGCUGCCCUGGUCCACCGAUAUGGCCAUACAGCAGUUGGGACGCACACAUCGCUGCAACCAGGUCUUUACACCCGAGUACAUCUUCCUCACAACGGACCUGGCUGGCGAGCAACACUUUGCCUCUGCGUUGGCCAAGCGUUUGCAAACGAUGGGUGGCCAUUGCGUUCGUCGAACCAAGACGACUCGUGAUCUUUCCCAAUUCCAUAUUGACAACAAAUACGGUCUCCAGGCUCUGGAAAAGAUGAUGCUUACGAUAAUGGGCUAUGAGAUGCCUCUGGUGCCACCGCCCACGGAUUAUAGCGGCGAGUUCUUCAAGGAUAUUGCCGGGGCCUUGGUGGGCGUGGGCAUAAUCGUGAAUAGCGAGAGCCAUCCGGGUGUGCUUAGCCUGGACAAGGAUUACAAUAACAUAUCAAAGUUUCUCAAUCGCAUACUCGGUUGUCCUGUGGAUCUGCAGAAUCGUUUGUUUAAAUACUUUACCGACACCAUAACGGCCAUCAUACAGCAGGCGAAGCGUGGCGGUCGCUUUUAUCUGGGCAUAGUUGACUUGGGUGCUCCGGGCAGGAAAGUAAAUCGCUUGCGUCACCUACGCUUUUGGCGUCAACAUGCCACUGGAGUGGCGCCCACGGAUCUGCAUACGGUUCGGGUGGAGCACGGCAUGAAGUGGCGGGAUGCUCAAGCCAAAUAUUCCGAUGCUGAGCACGAUUACGAGGGCUUCUAUCUGUCUCACAGGUCUCACAAUCACAAGCACACCGUCAUAAUGGCUUUGGUCUUGCCCAGCAACGGAAUGAUCAGCGAUAGCAGCUCAUCUGAUGAUUCCGAUAGUCCCAAGGAGAAGAAGAGGUCAACAUGUAACGAAAAGGAGAUCAUGUGCCAGGUUUACAGACCCAAUACGGGUCUUCAGACGCGUCCGCAGUCGCUGUACGAGCUGGGGAGGAAGUAUAGGAAGGUGCGCAUGUUGGAGGCGAAGCCCCAUUGGACAGAGCAUUACAAUAACUCAAUGUAUGCGUGCUCGCAUGUGUUUUGGAAUGGCAAUUGCGGGAAUGUUACUCAGGGCAAUGAAUGUGAGGUGGGCUUGCGUCAUCGUUCCUAUCACAUCCUCACCGGCUACGUGCUCUGUGUUUGGAACCGCGUUGAGCACUUGCUGAAUACAGUUUCCAACAGCAAAAUUCAGUUGGUUCGGGUGAAGACCACGGACGAUAUGAAUAUAGUGGGCACCCUGAUACCCAAGGACUGUUACGAGACGCUGAUAAAUGAUCUGCGCAGCGAUUGCGAGGAGCAGGAGGAGUUCAACUACUGCGCAGGGGCUGCUAAUUUGAAAACUGAUGAAGAAAAACUUAAAUACACGCGACAAAAAGAAGAGGGAAAGGAGGUUCAAGAAGGAAGUACCUAGAAAGAAGUACCUAGGGAGAAGUACUUAGAAAGAAGUAUCAAAAAACAAGAAAGAAGUUCCAUGAAAGAAGUCCCAAGAAAAGAGUACCUAGAAAGAAGUAUCCAGGAAGAAGUACCCAGAAAUAAGUACCAUAAAACAAAUACCAAGAAAGAAGUUAAAUGAAAGAAGUCCCUAAAAUGAAGUACCUAGGAGGAAGUACCCAGAAAAAAGUAUCAAAAAACAAGUUCCUAUAAAGAAGUUCCAAAAAUGAAGUACAACAGAAUGCCACAAUAAUGUAUGUUCCUUAUUUUUUCUUAUUUAAAUAAAAUGGC